AUCUGCAGUUCUGCCCAAGAUCCCCUUUUGAAUCUUAUAUAACAUGGCUAGUCUAUUCCUUGCCCUUCUUGUUUCCAGCGUUUCCCACUCCAGGUCGGACAGCAUCUGGGUGACACUGCUACCUCUAUUGUAGUUCCCGAUGCAAAAGUGUGCUGGUUUCCUCUGCAGUUCUCCCUUCUAGUUUGUUGAUAUGACCAGUUUUGUGUGGGUCCCAGGCGCAUGAAGCACAUUCCACUGAUGGGCGAAGGGUUGGAAACUAAGACGUUUGGACAGGUGCGUGGACAAGACAGGUUUAGAGGGGAGAAUGGAGCACAAGUUUGUGGGCCAUUGGUACCUUCUCAAGAUGGCGUUAUGAACGGCGAGACCCUAACAAGAUGGCCGCCGUCAACCAGCGCCACUGACGGUGACCCCUCACCAAGAGGGCCGCUGUCAACCUCUAAUCAAGAGCAAAGAUCUUAUAGCGGAGCUAUAGUUAUUACAGUUAUUAUAGAUAGAAGCGGAGCUAUAAGAUCUUUAAUCAAGACGCCCACCGUCAAUCCCUCACCCAGAUUGCCGCCCACUGCCGAUCAAUCAGCGACGCCGACCUUACCUGCCCUCACCAAGAUGGCCGCUCUUCCGACGGUCCCGGAUCCGCCCCGGGCCGAGUCUCUCCUCGACCGGAUGAAAAUGGCGGCGGAGAAGAAGCGGCAGUUGGUGGCGUCGCUGAGGGUUUAGGAUAGGACGUUGCUGUGGACGGAGAGACGGGGACGUGAGCGGCUAUCUGCUCAGUGUGCGGGCUGAGCUUCGAGGGGCUGAGCUUCGAUGGAGGAUCACAUGAUGGGGCACAACAUUGAGAAGCGUUAUGAGUGCGACGUGUGUGGCAAGGCCUGGCAGAAGCUGUACCUGCUGGAGGCCCACCGGCGGGUACACACGGGAGAACGCCCCUUCGACUGCUCCAACUGCGGCAAGAACUUCGCCCGCUACGACGGCCUGCAGCAGCACAACCGCGUGCACUCCGGCGAGAGGCCUUUUACCUGCUCUGACUGUGGCAAAGGCUUCAAGACGGCAAAGAGCCUGAAAAUCCACCGGCGGGUGCACACGGGCGAGAAGCCCUUCGGCUGCUCCACCUGUGGCAAGAGCUUUACCCGUUUGUCAGGGCUGCAGGAGCACCAGCGGCUGCACAGCGGUGAGCGGCCUUUCACCUGCUCCGACUGUGGCAAAGUCUUCAAGACUACGAAUGUUCUUAAGAUCCACCAGCGGGUGCACACAGGAGAACGCCCCUUCAACUGCUUGGAGUGCAGCAAGAGCUUCAGCCGCUACGACAGCCUGCUGCAGCACAACCACGUGCACUCUGGCGAGAGGCCUUUCACCUGCUCCGACUGUGGCAAGAGCUUCAAGACGGCGAAGGUCCUGAAGAACCACCAGCAGGUGCACACGGGCGAGAAGCCCUUCGGCUGUUCCACCUGCAGUAAGAGCUUUACCUGGUUGUCAGGGCUGCAGGAUCACCAGCGCGUGCACAGCAGUGAGCGGCCCUUCACCUGCUCCGACUGCAGCAAAGCUUUCAAGUCGGCUGCGGACCUGAAGAAGCACAGACACCUGCACACCGGGGAGCGGCCCUACACCUGCAGCGACUGUGGCAAGGGCUUCAUCCGCACAAGGAACCUGCUGGUGCACCAGCGCACCCACACCGGCGAGCGCCCCUACACCUGCGCACAGUGCGGCAAGGGCUUCAGCCAGUUUAACAGCCUGUUGGUGCACCAGCGUAUCCACACCGGGGAGCGCCCCUACACCUGUACCCAAUGCGGUAAGGGCUUCAUCCACUCCACAAAGCUGCUGUACCACCUGCGCACCCACACUGGCGAGCGCCCCUACACCUGCGCCCAGUGCGGCAAGGGCUUCACCCGCUCCAGCAACUUGCUGGUGCACCAGCGCACACACACCGACUAGCACCCCUACACCUGCACCUAGUGCGGCAAGGGCUUCACCCGCUCCUCCAAGCUGCGAUCCCACCAGCAGGUACACGCCCGACGACCGUCCCGUCCCCAGCCCGGUGUAUGGAGAGCGCUUUGCCAUGGCCUCCCAUGUCCUGUCUCACCAGUACGUGCAUACCAGUGCCCAGCCCUACGACUGCCCGUACUGCGGUGAGGAGUUUGACAGCUCACGGGGGUUGCUCCCGCUGCAGCAAGCAUUUCAAGAACACAAGGAGCCUGCUGGAGCACCAGCGAAUACACACCAGAGACAGACCCUUUGUCAGGGCUCUCGCUUAACCUUUUUUUCCCUGUUGCCAGCCGGGCACCUUGGCAGCUUUUUCGGUUGCCAAAUGACAGUUUAGGUGGUCAUUUUAGAUGGCUUGCAUGACUCGUGCGAUAAUGUGCUCGGACGAAGUGCGUAGUUACCAGUCGGAAUUAUACUCAAUGAAGCAUUCACAUAUUAUUUCUGCUUCAAAUAAAGUCACAAACUAAACGUAUCCACCAA